CUGAAAUUGUGGCCACCAGAUGCAGAUUCCAUUUUGUAACAGUGACCCCACUGUUUGUCCAUCACUGGGACUGUAAUAGAUACCGCCUCUCUUUCUCUCUCUCAAUGCCAUGCUAAAAAAUUACGCCCCAUUUCCUAAUUUUUACAAACUCAGAAGGACUAUUUAAAUUCUAGGGUACAACAAUUCUGUAACCUGGUUAAAAGUCCAACUCACAAUUCUUCCAGUUUUUGUAUAAUCUGCUUCGGAACGGUUAUAGCCAAGACCUGGUUCAAUGGCUUCUCACAUUCUUUCUUCUUCUCUUGGUCCUUCUCAAAUGGCGAGCUUCUUAUCUGGUUAUCCCCAAGCCUUUCUAGCUGAUGGAUUGAACAAAUACAGGUUGAAUUCUUGUAAGUUCAGGGUUUCGAGACCUUACGGCGAGGUUUCUUUGAGAGAGAAGGCGAAUAGGAUUUCAGUUAAGGGGAGCUUGGAGAUGGCAGAGCCAGUUGUGGGGCAGGUUACAGCAGUGAACAAGGAUACUUUCUGGCCUAUAGUAAAUGCAGCAGGAAAUAAAGUGGUGGUUUUGGAUAUGUACACUCAGUGGUGUGGUCCAUGCAAGGUGAUAGCUCCAAAAUUCCAAGAAUUAUCUGAGAAAUAUAGUGAUGUCAUAUUCCUAAAGCUCGACUGCAAUCAAGAAAACAAGCCAUUGGCAAAGGAAUUGGGUAUACGGGUCGUUCCCACCUUCAAGAUUCUGAAGGAGAACAAAGUUGUCAAAGAAGUAACAGGAGCGAAGUUAGAUGAUCUUGUUGCUGCUAUUGAUACUGUUAGAUCUAGCUCAUAACAAGUUCCCUCCAAAUUAUGGAGUAGCCAUUUAUACUCUGUUUAGAACGAAACAUCAGUAAAAUGUUGAAUGUAAUUGUUAUUGAAAAUCUUUGCAAAGCUUUUUCGUGACCUUUGUUUCUUUACAUCUUGAAUGUCAACUCUCGGCCCUUCUCAUGCUUAUCUUUGUAAUCAUAAAUUAUGUUUCUUUCUUAACAGCUCAAAGUAAUGUCCAUCUUUAUUUUUCAAA